AGGCUCAACACUCUGAUCAUACAGUUAGGAAUUUCUAGCUACGACAGAAAUCAUGGAGGUGGUAUCAAUAGACAAUGCUUCAUAUGAAACUAAUUUCGAUUCCAGAAUAUAUCUGGACACUUUCUACGGUGUAGACCCUCAAACGCAGAAAGUAGAUAAAGAAACCAAAUUUGUCCUCUCUUUUCUAUCAAAAGCAUUUGCUUCAGGUUGUAUACAAGGGGAUAAUUUGAUAGAAAUUGCUGCAGGUCCAUCAAUAUGGCAUAUCCUCUCAGCCUGUGAACAUUUCAAAAACAUCUACCUGACGGAUUAUUCCCAAAAUAACUUAAAUGAAAUUGAACUGUGGUUGAAUGAGGACAAACAUGCCUUUGAUUGGUCUCCAUACAUAAGACAAGCAUGUGAACUAGAAGGUGGCAGGACAACACCCGAGGAGAAAGCCGAGAAGAUUCGGAAAAUGGUCUCCUUUCUGAAAUGUGAUGUCACCAAAAACAACCCUCUCCACCCGGUUUUGCUGCCUCAAGCGGACUGUGUGAUCAUUGCAUCAUGCCUCAUUUGUGUUGCUACAACAUUGGAAGAGUUUACAGCGUAUCUGAAGAAUACUGUGUCUUUGUUAAAACCUGGAGGAUAUUUUAUAAUGUCUGAAUAUCUCCGUGCCUCCAAGUAUAUUGUGGGAAACAAAAUAUUUCCUCUUCUUUCAAUAGAUGAUACCUUUAUCUUGAAAGCAAUAGCUGAUUGCGGAUGUGUUGUUGAAGAGUUUGAUGAAUUCAAGGACUUCAACUGUCAAGGAGAAUUCUUCGAUAGUGAAGAUAUAUUCUGUAUAAAAGCUAAAAAAAUGUGAGCCAAUAUAGAUAUUGCCUACACAUUUGUUUUGUAAAAUAACACUCUUUUUCUAGAUUUAAAAUCGUCUUGUUGACAUCAUCUUCACUAGUCUCUCCCCUUCUUAAUCAUCGGACCUCAUUACUUUUUUCCUUUGGUCUCUUUUCUUCAUUAUUCUAACCAUCUCCUUGACUGCUACCAAACAUUCCACAAGUCUAUUCAGAUUUCAACGGAACAUGAUCUUUUCUGUGCUUUUAAUGUAGUUAUAAUCAUUGUUU